UAAAAGGAUUUAGUUUCAGCAGAAGUUCCGGCGGAGUAUCCAUUCAUUCGUACCUGCAUACUGGAAACAAGGAUUAAGAAAAAAGGAUUAGGGAAAAGGAAGAGCAGAGUGUCUUACAAAAUUGAUUCCGAUUAGGCGAAAUUUGGAAAGAAGUUGAAGAGUUGUAAUGAGGAAGUUGAGAUGGGUGAAGGACGACGAUGGAUUCUGGGACUUAGACGUCUCCACUCCGGCCACCCUCAACGGCAUAGCCCGACCCGCACCCGGUGACCCAAUCCCAUCCGUCCUCGGAUUGUCCAGAGGAAUCCGUCUUUCAAGACCCAAACAGCUCGACUUCUUCCAGCGAUUCAUGUUCAUGCCCUUUAUCCCUUCCUACUCCAAUGCUAGUCCUCAUGCUCAUGGAAACGGCUUCUCGCUUCAACGCGUUCUCUCCUUACCUUUCGCCCUUGAUCGCUGGUUUGGAACUGUGCUUGGUCAGUUGAAUGUACAAAAAUUGGCCUCAAGUAUCAAGAGAAAUGGGUUCAGGCAACCUAAUGAUGAAUCUCCAUGGUUCAAAAACAUUGCGAGACAUCUCAGCGAUAAGUCUUUGUACGCCAUUGAUUUCUGCUCGGAGUUCUUCCCUACACCUGAUGAUUCUCUUCAAUUCAGCUUAGAAUCUUAUGGCGAUGAUGACUACAAAACCCCUCGAAAGAAAGCAGUUUUUCAUCACAAGUUCCCACAUCAUAAUCUAACUUUAGAAGCAGCUUCUCCUGGACUUUUUGUUGACAAAAAUGGUGGUUUCUGGGAUAUUCCUUUGAACAUGGCAAUCGAUCUUGCAUCUGUAGCUUCUGACAUUGGCCCAAGUUACCAUAUAUGUGUCAACCAUAAUGCUGGUUCACCAAAAAGCUUCGGAACCCAUAAAAAUGAUGGAAUUCCUCCUGCCUCUAUACAGCCCGGUUUAUCUGCUACAACUGCUUUUUCUUUAAAAAACAGCAUCGACAUAUGGAGAAGUGAAGCACCAAAGCUGAAAAAAGUUCAACCAUAUGAUGCAUUCCUCUCAAACCCUCAUAUUUCAGCUUCAGGAAUCAUUGGUGGUGUGAUGAGUGCUUGUUUUGGAGAUAACUCAGUAAGAGCAACAACAGGAGAUGGUUUUGGUGUUGGUGUGAGGAGGGGCAAUUGUGCCAUUUUAGCCGAUUCAUUUGCAACAGUAUCACUCUCUGCACAGCUUGGAAGUUUCCAGAAGAUGUUCUUUGAUCUAACUCGUUUUCAGGCCCUUCUUGAUUUCCCAUCUGGUUCAACUUUUCUUACAGGCGCCACUCAUUUGGCAAAAGAUUUAUACAAUUCCCAAACACCAAAUCUCAAAACAUUUCAACAAAUUUCUCCAGUUACCACCCUUUCAUUCCAGCAGCAGCUUGUAGGCCCUUUUAGCUUCAGGGUGGAUUCAGGGAUAAAAUGGGGAAUGGAAAAUGGUGAGAGUUUUGUGGAAGUGAAGGAUCCUGUAUUUGCAGUUGAAUAUGCAUUACAAGUUCUUGCUUCUGCAAAAGCGGUAGCAUGGUAUUCACCAAGGCAGCAAGAGUUCAUGAUUGAGCUUCGUUUUUUUGAGUCAUGAAUAUCAUAUUCAUUAAUUCAUAUAUGUUAAUUAUUGUCCUCAAUUGAGUUCUUUAACUUAAGGGCUGUAUGGGUAUUGUUAAGAAGUAUUUAUGAGCUGUCAUUAUGGAAAGUAUCAUAUUGCUGCUAGAA